CAUCUGCUGGACAAGUUUCUGAUCCGCACCGAUUCUGUGCCAGAGAGCCAGGUGUUUUACCUGAAGAUGAAGGGAGAUUAUUACCGCUACCUGGCUGAGGUUGCCACAGGAGAUGAGAAAACCUCCAUCAUCCAGAAGUCUCAGGAAGGCUACCAGGCUGCCUUUGACAUCAGUAAAGAUAAUAUGCAGCCAACUCAUCCCAUCCGCCUAGGCCUGGCUCUCAACUUUUCUGUCUUCUACUACGAGAUUCUCAACUCACCCGAGCAGGCCUGUGAACUGGCCAAGAAGGCUUUUGAUGAUGCCAUUGCUGAGCUGGACCAGUUAACCGAAGACUCGUACAAAGACAGCACACUGAUCAUGCAGCUACUUCGAGACAAUCUGACACUGUGGACCUCUGACAAUCAAGCCGACGGCGAUGACACAGAGGACGGACAGGCUAACUAAAGCCAACUCGACUAUGAAACUUUUCAGUCAGCACAGCGAGAAACUAUGCUGACGCUUCUACAGUUCCAGCUUCAUGCUCACCAGCCCGUCAUUUAUGUGUUUUUUUGGAUAUGAGAGUGUGAAGGAAAGACUGUGUUUGAUGGCUGUGUAUGUGUGUGUUUGUUUGGGGGGAGGGGGGGCAAACAACAGCUGUUUGUCUACAUAGUGUGUUAAUUCGGUGGAGUGGAGACGACGUUAUUUGUUGGUUUUAUGUGUGCCCGUGCAUGUGGCCGUUGUGGUGCUUUAGCACCCCAUAUGCAAGUCACCAUUAAGCCAACAACGUCAUUUGAACUUUGAGUGCAUACGAGAGAGCGAGAGAAUGAAACCUUUUCUGAGUUUGCAAGGGGAGCAUUUAGUGAUUGGGUUUCUUGUGGCUUAGACUGAAUUCUUCAUUUUCCUAAAUAAUCAUGGGAAAUCAACCAAAAGUAUGAUUGAUGCAUUUGGAUCGUGGAAGAUAUUCCACUUGUCUAACUGUCAAAUGUUCGAUUUCUCAUUGGUGAAUACAUGUACAAUCUCCUAUUGUCAACCACAGACCUAAGAUUUAAAAAGACUUGACACAUGGCUUAUACUGUAACUUUGAUAUACACGUCUUGCAACGAGAACAGUAAGUCGUGCUUUUCAUGUGCUUAUCUGAUUAAUACUGUUUUCUAUUAGGAUUUUUUGUUUUGUACUACUUAGUUUGGUUUUAGUUUGUUUACUCUUUUGAUACUUGCCUAAAAUGCAUGUGGCUUUAGUUAAUCAGGGUGACUGGAAUAGAAACUGUCUAUUGGAAUUUUCAUACAGAACACUCAGCAUUAUUGUUAUUUGUUACAUAGGGUGGGCAAAGGGGUUUGGAUUUCAUGUUAGUGGAAUUAAAAAAGAUGAGAAAAACCUA